CAGAGUAAAAUCCUGAUCUUUGAUGCUUUUAUUGUGAAGGCUGUAGCAGGAAGACGCUCUGGGAGAGGGUUCAGGAUAAAAAUAGCUGCGCCAUGCUGCUGCUCUGUGUUCUGAUAUUCUGCGGCUUUCGCUUCGUCAUGUCUGAAGAGAAACUGAUUUCAGUCGACUUUGAGAUUUUUGGGAAUGUGCAGGGUGUUUGCUUCAGGAUGUACACCGAGGAUCAGGGCCGCGUUCUGGGACUGGGCGGCUGGGUGAAGAACACCCGACAGGGGACGGUGAUCGGCCAGAUCCAGGGACCGGCUCAGCGGGUCAACAGCAUGAAACUUUGGUUGAAGAACGUCGGCAGUCCGAGUUCUCGGAUUGACCGAGCCGUUUUCUCCAACGAGAGAGACGUUUCUAAACUGGAGGUCCAGGGCUUCUCCACUCGCUACUGAGCAUGCUCAGACUAACAAACAGCUUCAUUAGUAGUUAUUUAAACUCUGCAAAGGAUGCAAAAAAAACAACUAAAUGUGUUUCAGCCUAAUAUGCAAACUGUCAGCAGAUUAAACAUCAGGAUUUAUGGAUAAU